UGAAAACAGCCUCUGAUCGAUCUCACUGCUUCAAUGUUGAGGAAAACUCUAACUUCAAUCCAACGAAGAAGACAACACUUGUCAUCGUCUUCUUCUUCUCCAGAAAGUCAAUCCCUUUACUCAUUCCUGAAACCAUCUCUCUUCUCCCACAAACCAAUCACCCUCACUCCCUCCUUAUCACCGCCUCCUCAACCCUCCAAAACCCUAACCCACGACCAAAAAGCCUCCCUUGAAUCCACCCUCCACCACUCCUUAACAACCCACAACACCGACGAAGCAUGGAAGGCCUUCAGAUCCCUCGUCGCUGCUUCUUCCCUCCCCGAGAAGCCUCUCCUCAACUCCCUCAUCACCCAUCUCUCCGAAUCAAACACCUCCCCGCACAGACUCAAACGCGCCUUCGCCUCCGCUGCUUACGUCAUCGAGAAAGACCCAAUCUUGCUCGACUUCGACACUCUCCGCACUCUUCUCGAAUCCAUGAAGAUAGCCAAAGCUGCUUCCCCCGCGUUGGCGUUGGUCAAGUGUAUGUUCAAAAACAGGUUCUUUGUCCCCUUUGAUCUCUGGGGAGGUUUGGUUAUCGAUAUCUGCCGCGAAAGUGGAACCUUGGCUUCGUUUCUCAAGGUGUUUAAGGAGAGCUGUAGACUUUCAACGGAUGAGAAGCUUGGUUACAUGAAACCUGAUCUAGCUGCGUGUAAUGCAUCUCUGGAAGCGUGUUGUAGGCAGAUGGAGUCUCUAGCCGAUGCUGAGAGUGUGAUUGAGUCUAUGUCUGUGAUUGGUGUGAAGCCUGACGAGUCCACCUUUGGGUUUCUUGCUUACUUGUAUGCAAGAAAGGGGCUUAAGGAGAAGAUUAACGAGCUUGAGAGUUUGAUGGAUGGUUUUGGGUUUGCUAAUAAGAGAAUCCUUUAUUCGAAUAUGAUUAGCGGAUAUGUUAAGGUUGGUGAUUUAGAUAGUGUUUCUGAUGUUAUACUCCAUAGUCUUAAAGGAGGAGAUUGUAGCUUCGGUGAGGAAACGUUUUGUGAAAUUGUGAAAGGGUUUAUAGAGAGUAAAAGCGUCAAGAGUUUAGCAACACUGAUAACCGAAGCUCAGAGAUUGGAGUCUGAGUCCAUUGACAUUGACAGAUCAGUUGGGUUUGGAAUCAUAAACGCUUGUGUCAAUCUCGGAUUCUCUGAUAAAGCACAUAGCGUUCUCGAGGAGAUGAUUGCUCAGGGAGAAGAAGGAUCCGUGGGGCUUGGCGUCUACUUACCAAUCUUGAAAGCCUACAGCAAAGAGUACAAAACAGCUGAAGCCACUCAGCUGGUCACAGAGAUCAGCAGCUCCGGUCUACAGCUAGACGUUGAGAUCUAUAACGCAUUGAUCGAAGCCUCCAUGACGAACCAGGACUUCGUGUCUGCGUUCACGUUGUUUAGGGACAUGAGAGAGGCAAGAGCGGUGGAUUUGAAAGGGAGCUACUUAACAAUCAUGACGGGCCUCCUCGAGAAUCAGAGGCCUGAGUUGAUGGCGGCGUUUCUAGACGAAGUCGUGGAGGAUCCUCGCGUGGAAGUGAACUCUCAUGACUGGAACUCGAUCAUUCACGCCUUUUGUAAGUCGGGACGGUUGGAGGACGCGAGGAGGACGUUCAGGAGGAUGGUUUUCUUGCGUUACGAGCCUAAUAACCAGACCUACUUGUCAUUGAUCAAUGGAUACGUGAGCGGGGAGAAGUACUUCAAUGUCCUGCUAUUGUGGAACGAGGUCAAAGGGAAGGUGUCGUGUGUAGAUGCGGAGAAGAGGUCGAAGCUGGACCAUGGUUUAGUGGAUGCGUUCUUGUAUGCGUUGGUGAAAGGAGGGUUCUUUGAUGCGGCGAUGCAGGUGGUGGAGAAGUCUCAGGAGAUGAAGAUAUUUGUGGAUAAGUGGAGGUAUAAGCAGGCGUUUAUGGAGACUCAUAAGAAGCUUAGGUUGCCGAAGUUGAGGAAGAGGAAUUACAAGAAGAUGGAAUCUCUCGUUGCCUUCAAGAACUGGGCUGGUCUCAGCACAUGAUACAGGACAAAAGCCUUAGAUGUUGUCUGUAGCUGGUGUUCUGACACGUGGAGUUGCUAAUAUGGGGGAGCGCGAGAGUGGGAGAAGUUAAAAAAAGAUUGGCGCCAAAAGCAGCCAUGGUUUGUUUGAUUAAGGCGAGCUAAUCCAUAUAUUGUAGGAAUACCUUUUGGCUUAAAGAUAUUUGCAGAGCAAAAUGGAUUUAAUUCUUUCAUUUUGUUCAAUCUUUUUCCCCUUUUAUCCUCAUAAUUUUCAAAGGAUUAUCCAUUUCUUGUGUGUUUAUUUUGUUUUUUUUUUUAUAAAGAUUAGACGGUUAAUGUUUGAUGGAUUCAUCAUUGUUCAAAGCCUCAAGAUUAAGUUUUACUGUGUUAUGUA